AUGAAAAAAUUCAAACAACUCAUUUUAUCAAGUUAAUGGGAAGAAGCAAUAAAAUAUUGUGAAAAUCUUCCCUUUUUAGAUGAAAAAAGCAAAAAUCGCUGCAAGUACCUUAUAUAUCGUCAUUCAUACUUUGACAGUCUCAUGAAAUAAAAAAUUGAAUAGGCUCUUAACUCCUUAAGAAAUCAUUUAAAGCCUAUUUCUUCCUAAUCAGAACUAACUAUGCUCUCAAGUUUAGUUGCAUAUUCUGAUCAGUAAGAACUACUUUAGCAAAUCAACAAUAUUAUUUAUUCUGUAGAAAGUUAAAGUGGAUUAACCAGUAAAUAAAAUAUUUCAAAUCCCAAUUAAAAAGUAAAGGCAGAAGACAAUGUAGCUUCCUCUGAUUUUUUCAGUAUUUCUAAAGAUCGUAGAGAUUUAUUAUGCAGUACUGUUACAACUUAGAAAUAAACCCCUUAGAAUGAAAAAAACCAGUUCAUUUUAUCUUAAGCAAAUUAUAAUAAGCAAACGUUUUAAGACUCUUACACUUAUUUAAUUCACAGCAUUUGGGAUUUAAUCAAAGAAAGAAAAUCAAUACCUCCUGUAAAUCGAUUAAAUAGCAUAGUAAAAUAAGCAAAAUCUUACUAAAUUCUCAAAUGCUCAGUUCAUAAAUCUCUUCCUAAUAACUUUUCUAUUUUAGAAAAUCAUUACUGCAGAACUAAGGGAUAUCCUAACUAACUAGCCAGUUAGCAUAGAGUGCAUGAAGAUGAAGUAUGGCAUGUUUAAUUUUCACCUAAUGGUUUAUAUGCAGCUUCUAUUUGCAAAAAAUCUACUAUAGCUAUAUGGAGAAUCGUUAAAUAGAAAAAACAUACAAAAUCAUCUUCUUCUAUAUAAGGUAGUUCAUCAAAUCCAGCUUAAAUAAAGAAAAAAACAAAAAAAUAAACUUCAAAAACAAAUUCAACCAGUACUCCAAUUCAAUCAAACUAACAACUAUUAAAAGAUAAUGAAAAUUCUCCUUAGACAUAAAUUGAAAGUACUUAAGCCUUAUAGUUAGAGACCUGUAAUUAAGUAAAGAAAAAAUCACCAAUAUAAUCAAAUAUAUCUUAAAGUAAAAGUUAUAAACUUAAAAAUAAUGAAAAAAAGUUAGCAAAAAAAUCAAAUAAGGCACCAUAAUAAAAAUCUUUGAGCAAAGUUGAACUUGAAUUAGUAGCAAAAAAAGAUUUAAAUGACAACAGUUCAGUGCAGUGCUUCUCUUGGAAUUAAAAGGGAGAUAUGAUUGUUACUAGCUAAGAAAAUAAGCAUAUAAUAGUAUGGAAAAUAAACUUUGAAAAAUAAACCAUAGAACAAGUAAAGAAUCUGUAGGACACAAAAGUUAAGGAUAAAAGCAUAAUUAGCAUCAUAUUUUUACCAGAAAAGAAUGAUAGAAGUUAAAUCCUUUAUACUUCAGAAGAUAAAUUUAUAUAUAAAUGGGAUUACUAAACAGAUAAAGAAGUAUCUAAAAUAGAAUGUGGAUACGAUAACUAGAGUAUCCAUCUUCAUCCUAAUAUGUAAGAUUUAAUUUCUGUCUGUAAAUAAGGGCGCAUAUCGUUGAUAAACCUAAACAAAAAGUAAGAAGUUGGCUUUUUUGUUGAAAAAAAUGAAAUAGUUAAUGCAAACCUAUCAAGUGACGGGUCUCAUAUAUUACUAAGUGUUUUAGGUAAAGAAAUAAAUAGUUUAAAUAUGUGGAACAUUGAAACAAGCGAAUUAGAAGCAAGCUUUGGAGGUUAUAAGCAGAUAGACUGCUACUUACGAGCUUCUAUGAAGGAUGAAUAUGUUGCAAUAGGUGAUGAAGAUGGAAAAAUUUUUAUUUGGCAUAAGAAUAUUCCUUAAAAGCCUAUUUGCAUAAUUCAUAAUGAUAUUCUAUAUGAAACAAAAAUAGAACAAUUCCCAAUAGGUAAAAAUGGUUUUGAAUCUUGCGCUAAGUAAGCUACUAACAAUUAAAGUGAAUAUUCUAAUAAUAUGGAGCUUGAAAGUGAAAAAUAAAAAUCUAUGAAUCUGAAUGACCCUAACCAUAAAUCGUUUGAUGAUGAAAUCAAAAAAACAAUUAAUCAAGUUCACUUUAAUCCUGUAUAUCCUGGAAUGUUAAUAGCAGCAGGAGAUGAUCAUACAGUUAGAUUAUUUAUAUCUGAUGAAUUAAAUUAUAAUCUACCUGAAAAAUUUUCAGAAAAAAAGAAAUUUUCAGCAAUAGAAUGUAUUAAAUAGACAUUUUAGUCUUUGAUUCCUAAUAAUAAACUAACUCCUAAUAAAAAUAAUAACAAUCAAAAUUAAAUUAUGGAAGAAGAGGAGGGAGAAGAAGAGGAAGAAAUACAAAAUAAAGCAAAUGCAGAAAGAAGCGAAUCAAGUAAUUAACUAGAAUAAGAGGAUAUAGAGUGUGAAGAAGAAGGUGAUGAUGAGGAUGAAGAGUAUCAAUAAGACUGUGAAAACGAAGAGGAUCAUCUCUAAAGCUAGUCAAAUACAAAUGAAGAAUAAAAAUUAGAACAAGAAGAAAAUGAUACUAGCAGUAAUGCUUUCUUCACUAAUAAUUAAUAAAAUAAUCCAUGA